ACCUAAUGAAUGAAUUAGAAACAUUUGCACUGUAAACACUUGAAGCAGACGGGUUUAACAGUGGUUGUAGUGUUAGUUUAUAUAAAUCGGACGUUCUUGCACAAAGAUCGCGUGAGAAUCGAAGGUCAGCGGUUUUAUUUUGAGAAUAGUAGUAGGUUGCAACCAGUAGCUCACGAUACGAAGCGCUGAAUACAUGUGGUGUGGGAACAAAAAUAAAAUUAUAUAGGCUUCUUUGCAUUGUCAUGGAUUAUAUAGAUACGGCCAGAUCAGUCGAAGAUCGUCUUGCGAGCUACAGAAAAGACGAAUCCGGGUGGAAAAUAUGCAAGAAAACUAAUGACGUCGUUGUGUAUUGGCGACCCUCCUGUGAAUACCCGGGAAAUGUGUAUAAGGGGGAGGGGAUAGUCAACGGCAGUCCAGAGAAAGUAUGGGACUGCUUGAAACCUGAAAUCAAUGGACUUCGUGUGAAAUGGGACACUAACAUAAAAAAGUUUGAGCUACUUGAGCAGGUGUCUGCGGAUGUUAUGAUCUUUCGAACUACCACACCAUCAGCUGCUAUGGGUAUUAUAUCACCUCGAGACUUUGUUGAUGUCAUUUCCAUCAAGCAGGAUGUGGAUGGCACUGUUUCAUCAAAUGCUACCAAUGUAUGCCAUCCAAACUGUCCUCCGCAACCAGGCUAUGUCAGAGGCUUCAAUCACCCAUGUGGCUGUACUUGUGUUCCAGUUCCUGGGGAACCAGGAAAAACACAGCUGUUCAGCUUUUUUCAGACUGAUCUUGGAGGUUUGCUUCCACGCUCAGUUGUUGAUUCGUUUUUCCCCACAAGUAUGGUGGAGUUUUACAACAACCUGACCAAAGCAGUUAAAUCACUAAAAUAGCACUUAAGGACACUUUAUAGAGAAUAUCCCUCUUUAAUCUUAGAUUAGAACAUUUUGAUAAUUUUAUGCACCCAGCAUUUAAUCGUGCUUUAGUGAAAAAUGUAUUCUUGAUUCUUCCAAUAGUCUACUUGUGUCCAAAUACACAUACACCAUUUUAUAGGAAGUAGUGUAAUGUUUUGUUUACCACUAAACUCACAUUCUGAAAGCAAGAGAUUCAAAUGAAACUAUUGCACAAAUAUUGAUUUAUUUGCACUGGGUCUGCAAUCAUCACACAUUCCAUACCUUAAGUUUCUGCCAUAAUUCAGGGGUGAGAGCCAGUAAUAUAGCAUCUAAAAUUUAUUUUAUUCAUAUAUGGCAUUUUGUACUUUUCAAAGUGGAGACCCAGAUGUUGACUUUAUAUUUUAGAAAUCAGCUUUUAAAAUUUCAGUCACAUUAUUUAUGAUUAACAUUUUAUUGAUUCAUCUAUUAAAAAGGAACAGCAAAACAUAUGUAUAUAUACAUAGAAUCAAUAUUUUACCCU